AUGGACCCUGUUCGACUCAAGACCAUUUCUCCGGCCGAUAUAGAUGCCCUUAGCCCUGAGCAACAGUUUGCCCUCGUGGACAGCUCAAGCAUCCUGUCUGAUCAACAGAACAGCAACCAAGAACCAUCGGCACCAUCAACACCAUCAGCACCAACGGUCCAUUCAAGAGUGAUCCGCUUUCCAAGCCACCCUUACCACACCGACGAGCAGUGGUCGCAAUUACUCCCACAUGAACUGCACGCUCUGUCAACUGCUUCGGCCCAGGCACUGCAUCUGAUCGGCUGCUCGUUCUCGUCCGUCUCGGGAUGGCCGCAGACGCUCGAUCGAGUCUCGGAGCUUUACAUCAAGGGCUCGCUACCCAGCACCGCCUUUGCCAGCAUGGCCGGGAUGCCAGAGAUGCCUAAUCUGGCCGUGCUGGUCCUCUCGAAUGGGCCCUCGAGCCUCGAGGGAAUGCCCGCAUGCCUUCCCUCGCUCCGUCGCCUCGAUUUGUCCCAAUGCGAUCACAUCACCUCGCUCAAGGGUAUAUCUCAAAUGCCAAGGCUCGAGGAUUUGACCCUGCCGCUUUCGAUCGAAAGCCUCAGGGACUUCCCUCCGAUCCACCACCGGCUCAUCUACUUCAACCUUGCCGAGUGCGACAGGCUCGUCUCGCUCAAGGGAAUGCCUGCGAUGCGCUAUCUGACCACCCUGAUCCUGCCAAGCGGGCUACGGGGCUUCCAGAAAAUGCCACGCUGUCUGCCCUCUCUCCGCCGCCUGGAUCUAUCGCGCUGCAGCCGCAUCACCAGCUUCAAAGGAAUGGCCCAGAUGCGCAAGAUUCGAGAGAUUGCCCUGCCGAAAUCGACCGUGAGCUUUGAAUGCCUCUUUCAGCAGCUUGAGUAUCUGGGCGAGCUCCGUAACUGGGAAUAUGACACCGUCGUGUCCAAGCUCAACAUCCUGAAGCUUCCAAAGAACUUUGCGACGCUCGAGGGCAUGUCGGCCGGAUUCCAGUUGCUUACCGAGCUUGACCUGUCCGAGUGUCGACUCCUCUCUUCGCUCAAGGGGCUUCCGCCUCUACCAUCAGUCAAGACGCUCCGCCUCCCUGAUGUGGGCAACAGGCUCCAGGAUUUGUCGGACUGGACCCGCUGGAUCCGGGAAUCGCCUCGAUGGAGGAGCUAUGUCCGCCCAGACGGUCGGCUUGCCACGCUCAUGCCGUCCUUGAUUCGACUCCAUGCCUCGUCGGCGCUCGACGGCCUGGACGAUCUUGCCUUAACGCUUGAGUCUGUCAAGACCCUCAGGCUCCGCUCGCUGGGGGCCAAUAACCCGACUAUGCGGCCGCCGCCAAUGCCGAAUCUCGAGGAUGUUUGGAUCGUGGGCUCGGUUCGGAGCCUGGAGUGGAUCGCCGGAUUCUCGGACUGGGCAAAAUAUCUGCAUCUGGAAGAGUCCAAGGAUCUCAAGUCUCUCGCCGGCAUCCCCAGGAUGGCUCGGCUGCAGUCCAUUGUCCUGCCCUCGUCGAUCCGAACCUUGGACGGAAUACCCGAGGGCCUCACAGCCAUGUACUAUCUGGACCUGAGUCGCUGCGAGAGCUUGAAAUCCAUGAGAGGGCUGCCCAAGGCCGCCCAUCUCGACAUUAUCCUGCCCAACUCUGCGCAUUCUCUCGAGCUGCUGCCUGCAGUCAUCGGCAGAGUCAAAAAGCUCCAACUGAGCGGGUCUGUGCAUCUGACCUCGCUAAAGGGCAUGCCUCUCAUGGACUGGCUCAAGGAGCUCAAGCUUCCUGCGUCGAUACAAACCCUCGAAGGAAUGCCGCCGGUGCUUCCUGCGCUUGUCCGACUCAAUCUCUCCAUGUGCACCCAUCUGCAAUCCCUCGCCGGACUUUCUAAUCUUCCUAGCAUGGAGUUUAUUCGGCCUCCGUCCAACCUCCGGUCACUCGAAAUCGCGUCCGUACACUGGGACAGACUCACGAGCCUAUCACUCCAAGUCUGCGAGAAGCUCGAGUCCCUUGAGGGCUUCCCAGUGAUCCCCAAUCUGAAGACGCUGGUGUUGCCGUCAUCGAUCCGGAGCUUGAAGGGACUCCCACCCAUCCUGCCGCGGCUCAGGACUUUGGCGAUACUUCCAUGCCGGACUACCCCUCACAACCGGACUUUGCUCGAGGGCUUUCCACUGAUGCCUGUCCUGGAGAACCUCGAUCUUCGUGCCGACAUCGACAGCUUUCAGGGCAUGCCGCCCACAUUGUCGUCCCUCCGAAACCUCGUCCUGGGUCCAAUGCUGUCCGUGGCCCAGCCGAUCGGACUGUCACGCAUGCCGAACCUGGAGCACCUUUCACUCUCAACGGAAGGAGGGCCCCAGGAUGCAAACAGUAUCGCUGCGUUCAUUCUGUUUCAUCUGCCAAAUGCCCGCAUCACGCAUGUCAUCCAGUCUGGAUACGAUCUUGAGCCGACUCACGAAGAUGGAGGAUCACUAUGA